UCUCUCUCUCAAGCUCUCUCUCUCUCCGCCUCCUCUUCAUUCGACCGAGUGGCAGCGCUGGGAGAGCAUCGUUACCUUUACCGCCGUUUUACCGCGCGCUCAUCUGCUGACAGCUGCCAUCUCCGGUAAUACCAUACAUAUACUUUCUUUUUCGUUAAUGUUCACCUGUUCAUUUUCUGGAAUUUUGUAGAUUCAUGAUUUGUCUGCACAGUGUUUCUAUUGCCUUUCCUUAGGUGACUGCACAGUGUUUACCGAAUCGCCUUCCCAGAGGCGCAGAGAAAUUGUGUGAAAUUGAUACAGUGGUUGAUUUAUCUACAUUGAAACCCAAAAGCCCCUCGAGCUGCCCUGAGAAGAAACGGGACUGCUCUCCCCCUCCACACACACACGCUCCGGGUGCAGCACUGCGCAGAGACCGGACGCAGCGAACCAACAGGAGAGGGGACGUGCACAGCGACAGUAGCGAAGCACAACGUAACUGAGGAGUUUGGACAAAAGGCUGGCAUCAGAUGAAUCCCGUUGUUUAGGACUUAGCUCAAUUACACUACACCCCUCUUUCGGAUUUGCACUUGGUCGUGUGACGGUAAUAGGGUAGGAUGGAUUUCCCCUUGCUUAUGGCUCUGGUGUUUUGCGCGCUGACGGUCCCGGGAUUCGGGGAUAUGGGGAGCGGAAAAGCUCAGAGUUGUUCGGAUAUCCGACAGUUCUACAACGGCAAGGGAUUCAGUCUGAACGGAGUGCCCCAGUCGGAAAUAUCAGGAGAGCAUCUGAGGAUCUGUCCCCAAGGCUACACGUGUUGCACUAGUGUCAUGGAGGACAGCCUAUCCAAUCUGAGUCGCACAGAGAUGGAGGGCCUGAUCAGAGACGCUGGACGAGCCCUGCAAGCCUCCCUCAAUGGACAGUACAAGGUCUUCGACGGUUACCUCCUGGAGCUGCUGAACCAUUCCGAGGGUGUCCUGCAGGAGUCCUAUCCCCCGGUGCUGGGUUCCCUGUACACCCAGAACACCCGCGUGUUCUCUGACCUGUACACGGAGCUGAGACGGUACUACCGUGGUUCCAACGUCAACAUAGAGGAGGCUCUCAACGAGUUCUGGGCCCGCCUGUUGGAGAGGCUGUUCAAGGGAGCCAACGGACGGUAUCUCAUAGGUGAUGACUACCUGGAGUGUGUGUCCAAGCAGUCGGAGACGCUGCGACCCUUUGGUGACACGCCCCGCGACCUCAAGUUGAAGGUGACGCGUACAUUUGUGGCAGCACGCUCCUUUGUCCAGGGACUGGUGAUCAGCGGGGAGGUGGUUCGCAAGGUGUCACAGGUGCCCCUGAGCCCAGAGUGCAUGCGUGCCAUCAUGAAGAUGACGUACUGUCCCCACUGCCGUGGAGUGCCCUCUGCCAGGCCCUGUGCCAACUACUGUGCCAACGUGCUGAAGGGCUGCCUCGCUAACCAGGCUGACCUGGACACAGAGUGGAGGAACUUGGCUGAUGCCAUGCUGCAGGUGGCUAACAGGUUUGAGGGUGCGUCCAGUGUGGAUGUGGUGUUCCGCUCUCUACCCACACACAUGUCAGAGGCUAUCACCACCAUGAUGGACAACAUAGACACGUUUAACAACAAGGUGUUCCAGGCAUGUGGGAAUCCGAGGGAGGGAGGAACCAGCAGCACUGGGUUGGAGGAGGUGAAGAGGAGGGGGAAGGUUACAGUGGAGACCAGCCCAACCUCUGGGGCUAGGCUGGAGAAACUGGUGUCUGAUGUGUCGAGUAGGCUGAGGGACAUGCAGCCCUACUGGGUCUCGUUACCCAGCACCCUCUGCAGUGACAGGGUGGCCACUAGGACCCAAGCAGACAAGUGCUGGAACGGCAUGGCCCGUGCCAGGUACCUUCCAGAGGUAAUGGGUGACGGCCUGGCUAGUCAGAUCAACAACCCUGAGGUAGAGAUCGACAUCACCAAGCCAGACAUGACUAUACGCCAACAGAUCAUGCAGCUCAAAAUCAUGACCAACCGCCUCAAGAACGCUUUCAAUGGCAACGAUGUGGACUUUCAGGACACCAGUGAUGAUGUCAGUGGUUCAGGAAGUGGGAUGUGCACAGAUGAAAACUGUCCCCGGGGCCCGCGCCUCAUGGCCCCCAGCACAGACAGACCCAAAGUGUAUGCCUACCCUCCGGAGAACAAGAAGGUUGUGAAAGCAUCAGCUAACCACAACCUCCCAUCCAUCGCCCUCUACCUGCUCUCAUUUGUCAUGUUGCUGCUCCGGCGAUAAUUGACCGGGUAUUCCACCAAUCGGGACUGAGUUUGGGACAUGGGGGGCAGGACGAGGGGUUGGGAAGAGAAGAGAAGACGUCGGGGGGUUACUUACUUACUUUGCCAAAAACAAAACAAAAAUAACGAAAACAAAAACGAAUGGACUUCCUUUUGGUCUCGGAUAAGAACAAAAAUAGAGUAAUGAGUAUUAUAUUAUUCAUAGAUUUUUUGGUUCUGUUCUUGUCUUUUAUUUUAUGGUAUACGGCACCACUAGAGCUGGUCUUUUCAAAUGUUUAUUUAGUUUUGUUUUCUGGUGUUUGGGUUCUCUGAGAUAUAUGUACCUAAGACAUGUUCAGAGUCAAUCUAUAGACUAUAGAGAUAUACAGGAUGUUAGUGUUGGUUGACGCUGUGUAGGUGGGACUUUUCAGUCGCGCUGAGCCAAACGUUUGUUUUCCCACUCAUGUAAACAGCCUUUAUGUCUGAGGAGAUUAUUUAUUUAUUAAAAACAGAGGAAAUAAUACCCCCCGGAGCGUCUUUGGGCUCCCCAAUAUUUAUAGAAAAAGUACUUCUAUCCCAAAUUCAAAUGAAAUAAACUAUUGAUGAGUUUUAAGGAGGAUAAUCUGGCCCCGGGGGUUUCGGUAAGGCCCUGAAAACCUCUUAGCAUUAAACCCACACAUCACAUGGCAACAGUGAGAAAAUUAAAACGCUUCACAUAAGCAGUUUUUUCUUCUGCUUGAUAAUGUAAAGCUGUAACAGUAGUGAUCAUAUUCACACAGACAUGAUCCUUCCAUCCCUCUAUCCUUCUGUUCUUCCAUCCCUCUAUCCCUCUGUUCUUCUGUUCUUCCAUCCCUCUAU